CUUUCUUCAAAUCACACACCAAACUUCAGAAGUCAGAACCCUUUCGUUCCUCCAUUUUCUUUUCCUCCUUCUUCAUCUUCUUCCCCUUUUUCUCUUUCUCUCUCUCACAUCGUUCGAAAAAUUCUGUUUUGAAACUUCCAAGCUCCUGCGUUAAGUACGUUCAGUAAUAGAUCGAAAUUGGAAUGAAUCUGAAGACCAAUUUCACUGAGUCGUUGACACUAGUGUUUUAUAUUGGGUUCUAGGGUUCUUAUUUUUUCUGAUUUCCUUUUGAACAUUGAUUUUUGACCUAUCUAUCUACUACGGAAUGGAGCAUUCAGAUUCAACACAGUGUGUGAGAGUAGCAGUAAAUAUCCGCCCUCUGAUCACGUCGGAGCUUCUUCUCGGAUGCACCGAUUGCAUCACUGUCGUUCCCGGAGAGCCUCAGGUGCAAAUUGGAUCUCAUGCUUUCACCUAUGAUUAUGUUUACGGUAGCAAUGGUUCACCCUCGUCUUCAAUAUAUGAUGAUUGUGUAGCUCCACUUGUUGAUGCCCUCUUCCAUGGAUACAAUGCAACAGUUCUUGCAUACGGUCAGACUGGAUCCGGAAAGACAUAUACAAUGGGCACCAAUUACACAGGGGAAGAGAGCGCUGGUGGAAUUAUCCCUAAGGUGAUGGGGACGAUUUUCAAGAGGGUUCAUACGAUGAAAGAAUCAACCGAGUUUUUGAUUCGAGUGUCAUUUAUUGAGAUAUUCAAAGAAGAGGUGUUUGAUUUACUUGACAUUAAUUCAUCUAGAGGAGAAGUGGCAUCCACUGCCAAGGUCACCGUGCCAGCUAGAGUUCCCAUACAAAUUAGAGAAACAGUGAAUGGAGGAAUUACACUGGCGGGUGUUACUGAAGCUGAGGUUAAGACAAAAGAGGAGAUGUCAUCUUAUCUCUCACGUGGUUCAUUGUCACGUGCUACUGGAAGCACAAACAUGAACAGUCAGUCAAGUCGAUCGCAUGCCAUUUUCACAAUCACAAUGGAGCAAAAAAGUGGCGAUGAUGUCUUAUGCGCCAAACUCCAUUUAGUGGACCUUGCUGGCUCUGAACGUGCAAAAAGAACUGGUGCAGAUGGCAUGCGCUUGAAAGAAGGUAUUCAUAUCAACAAGGGUUUAUUGGCUCUUGGGAAUGUAAUAAGUGCAUUAGGAGAUGAAAGAAAGCGAAAAGAAGGAGGUCACGUACCAUAUCGUGAUAGCAAAUUAACUCGGUUACUUCAGGAUUCUCUUGGGGGAAACAGCAAAACAGUGAUGAUAGCAUGUGUUAGUCCUGCUGACACCAAUGCCGAAGAGACAUUGAACACUUUAAAGUAUGCAAACCGUGCUCGCAAUAUUCAAAAUAAGGCAGUUGUUAAUCGUGAUCCAGUUGGAGCUCAAUUACAGACAAUGCGAAGUCAGAUUGAGCAAUUGCAGGCUGAGCUGCUGUUUUAUCGAGGUGAUGCUGGUAGACCAUUUGAGGAACUUCAGAUUCUUAAACACAAGAUAUCCAUCCUUGAAGCAAGCAAUAAAGAGCUACAGCGUGAGCUUCAAGAACGUCGAGUAACUUGUGAGAGUUUAGCUGAACGUGCUUGCCUUGCUCAGGUGGAAAAAGACCAGUUGGUCAUGAAAAUAGAAUCAUUUCGAAAUGGUAAAUCUUGGGAUGAGAUAGAUUCAAAUUCAAAUCAGGACUAUGACCUAGUGAAAUCUUAUGUGUCAAAGAUUCAAGAUCUGGAAGGUGAAUUGUUGCGUUUGAAAAAUUCAAGCAAAACACCAAACCAUUUGGUUGAGUGGGUUGAUUCGGUUGACAGUGGUUUCCCUUCAAAAAAUUCGUUUGCUUGUGGUAAUGAGUUCUCAUCUGAUGAUGCCAAAUCUGCGGACAUAACAGGUAAUGCAGAUGAUGUGGAAGAUCAUGCUAAGGAGAUAGAACACUCUUCUCUUCAAGAGAAAUUUGAUAGGGAACUCAAAGAAUUGGAUAAGAAACUUGAACAAAAGGAGGCUGAAAUGAAACUUUAUAAUAAUGCUGAUACAUCGGUCCUUAAGCAUCAUUAUGAAAAGAAAGUACUCGAGUUGGAGCAAGAGAAGAAAGUUCUGCAGAGAGAAAUUGAGGAACUUAGGUGCAAUCUUGCAAAUAUUUCAUCCACCUCGGAUGAAGGUGCUCAAAAGUUAAAGGCAGAUUAUCUCCAAAAGUUGAAUGCUCUUGAAGCACAGGUCUCUGAGCUGAAGAAGAAACAAGAUGCCCAGGCUCAACUAUUGAGGCAAAAACAGAAAAGUGAUGAGGCUGCAAAACGACUUCAGGAUGAGAUCCAUAGAAUCAAAUCUCAAAAGGUCCAACUGCAGCAUAAGAUUAAACAAGAAUCUGAACAAUUUAGGUUAUGGAAAGCUAACCGUGAAAAAGAAGUUAUGCAGCUGAAAAAAGAAGGGAGGAGAAAUGAAUAUGAGAUGCACAAGCUGUUGGCAUUGAAUCAAAGGCAAAAGAUGGUAUUGCAAAGAAAGACAGAAGAAGCUUCCUUGGCUACAAAAAGGCUAAAAGAACUUUUGGAAUCUCGAAAAACGUCCAUGCGUGAAGCCGCAGGUGGUAAUGGUCCUGGAAUUCAGGCUUUGAUGCAGGCAAUUGAACAUGAGUUGGAAGUCACUGUCCGAGUACACGAAGUACGAUCAGAAUAUGAGCGUCAAAUAGAAGAGAGGGCUAAAAUGGCAAAGGAGAUCAGCAGGUUAAGAGAAGAGGCAGAGAUGAUGAAGCAAAACAAUACAAGCGAUGGUCUCAUCUCGAUGUCUCCUGGUGCAAGAAAUUCUAGGAUUUUUGCUCUCGAAAAUAUGCUUUCAACGUCUUCUACAACCCUGGUGACUAUGGCAUCUCAGUUAUCAGAGGCCGAAGAGCGUGAACGGGUAUUUAGUGGCAAGGGACGUUGGAACCAUGUCCGAACCCUUGCUGAUGCCAAGAAUUUAAUGAAUUUUCUGUUCAAUAUAGCAUCUUCGUCAAGAUGUGUAGUGAGAGAUAAAGAAGUUGCCUGUAGAGAGAAGGAGAUCGAGAUAAGAGACUUGAAAGAAAAAGUAGUAAGACUAAGUUGUUCCCUUAGACAGAUGGAAAUGCAGAAGGCUGAGCUCAUUCAUCGGUUGAAUUUGUUGAGUGCAAAGAGAUAUUCUGAAUCCAUAGGAGAGUCAGAAUAUGCUGACAUAGGUGUUGGAGCGCAUAAGUAUGACCUGCGCAAGCCGGAAAAUCGACGAUCUACCUUUUUAUUUGAGGACAUGGAUAUAUCAGAAUCAGAAUCAGAUGGCUAUGAGGUAGAGGCAACUGAUGAUGAAUGGGUAGAGUCAGGAAAAUUACAUGUUAGAAAAAGAAAAUCUAAAAGAAGUGUGGAAAGCAAUCCAUCAAAUACCAGUCAAGAAGAUGUUAAAGAUGAUUCAAUAGAAGGAUCUGGUGCAUCUGGCAACAUUGCACCGGAAGUUUGCUGCUCGUGCAGUAAAAAUUCACUUUGCAAGACAUCAAAAUGCAAGUGUAGAACUCUGGGAAGCUCUUGUGGGAGCUCUUGUGGUUGCCGUGCAAGCAAGUGUGCCAACAGAGUUGCAUCGGAAGAACCGGCAUACUUGGGAUUGGUUCAAGGGACUGGAAAUGAUUCUAGUACUGAGGAAUCCGAGAAAGACCGCAUUCUUGCUACUCAAGGUGCUGAAUUGCUGCAGGGUGCACUGACUGAUGGGCCUACUGAGACCAACAACAAUGGUCAUGGUUCAAGAAAGGCUCUCUCUGACAUUGGAAACACACAGGCCAAAUCAAACAUACAAAAGGAUACCCAGAGAAAGAAAUGGCGGAAAUCCAAAAUACAGCUUGUUCCAGUUCCGGCAACAUCCUCGCAACCGGAUAAUUCUGAAGCCAUUAAGAAAGAAAAUAAUGUAAUUAUUGAAGCUAUUGUAUCCAACAACAUACCCCAGAAAGUGCACUCAGUCAGAUCUGAAAAUGCUUUAGUGAUCCCCAAGGUAGAGAAUAACUUCAUUGAGACAGAUAUCCCUUUGAGAAUACCACGGGCCAUGCGAAAACAAGCACCUUCGAUUGGUGGCAGCAUUCCAUUGGGUGACAGGAAUGCUAGUAAGCAAGAUGAAUCUGUCAGUAAGAAGGAGGCUGAAGCUUUUGAUGCCAGAAGUCCAAUCCAACAGAAAAGAGCACUGGAAAAAGAGAACAACGGUCGUUAAAUCUUGUCUUUUUCUUACUCCACGGUUGGGUAUGAAAUGACUAGGAAUGUGUACCAAAUUGUUGUUUUUGUCUUCAGCAGACAAAUAUAGAAAACUUGUCUUUUUAUUUUUUCAUUUUUUAAUUAGAUUAGAUAGUUCAUGUAAGCGAUUCUAUGCUGGAGAUUGCUGAUCUUCAGAUGAUAACAUCUUAACUGCUGAAGUGUAGUUUAUGUUUGGUUUAGAGCAUGAACAAAUCUUGAAUGCUAGACCAAACUUGUUUAAAUGAU